AUGGAUUCUAACCGCCCAAGGGCAAAUUCGGUUUCAAACGCAGUGUUGGCACGAAGGAAAGUGCCGCGGCACGUGACGUUCACAGAAAUGCUGCAACUGAACCUGGCGGCUAGCGCCGAUCCCGAAUGGAACGAUUUGGAUGUGGCGCCUAGAGAGGAAGAAGAAGAAGGAGAGAGCGGGGCAAAUGGAAGCGGCAGGGCGAAAGCGCUGCAAAAAGACGGGGCGAGGAACAAGGAGUGGCUGCCAAAGGAGAAAUUGCCACAGGGGCGGUGGCUGCCAAAAGACGGGUGGCUGCCAAAGGAUCGGUGGCUGCCAAAGGAUCGGCGCCUGCCGAGUCUGCAGCCUGCGGGCGGGCUGCUGCGCCUGACGUUGCACGCUGGCUCGCUGCGGCCGCUGGCAGUGCACACUGUGGGCGGGCUGCGCCUGACGCCGCUGUUGCCACGCAUGCUGCCGCUCGUGCGCUUCCGCUCGCACCCGCACGGGCUUGCCAUGGGCGAGUCGCCGCUGCUUGACGGCGUGCUUCUGCGGCGCAAGAACAGCGCAGCACAGCUCCCCGCCUUCAACAAGCGGCCCUUGACCGACACGCCUGUGGUGUCGGGCAUGGCGUCGCCCAUCACGCGCGAGCAGUCGUCCGACGAGGAGAAUGACGAGUCGGUGCGCAAGAACAUUUCGCAUCUCAGCUUGGCGGACUUGAACGCCGUGUCGGCUGCUGUGCGCGCCAAAAGCGUGCGCUUCGAGAAGGAAAUGGACGCUCAGGACGACCCUGGCUACGACUACACGAAUGACAAUGAACACGACCACGGAUACGGACACGGAAAAUACAAAAAUGGAUACGAAAUCAGGCCCCGCCGGCACCACCACAAAAGGGAAAGAAGCAGCGACGACCUCGACGAUAUCGACGUUGACUCUGACGCCGACUCGAACACCGACGCAGACGUUGAUACUGACGCCGCCACAGAUGAUGACACAGAGGUCGAGCAGGACCCUGUCUCCAGUGUGUCUGGCGCGCCACGCUUGGCUGCGAUUGUAGAUGAGCGCGAGUCCAUUUCGCCUACAAACACUGCAAAGGUAACGGCCGUGGAGCCGCAGGAGAAACCGUCCUUUGCUGUGUCGCCUGCUGAGCAGGAGCAGGUUCAGUCCUUCCGGCGCGCGGUUGAGCCGCGCGAGAAGCAGAUUGACCGCGCCUUGGAACACGAGAUCGAGCGAGAGCGCAAGGAAUCUGUCAAGGAAAUUGAGCGGAGAAAGAGCGCUGCCGGUGAGGAAAUCUCGACAGAAAAGGCUGGUGCGCCUGAAACAGGCUUGGGUUCUGCGAAGGAUGCAGAAGAAGCAGAGACUUCGGCAGAGGCUGCACCUCUACAUCAAAUCAAGCGCGAUCUUCUUCAGGAAGUUCCGCCUGAACUCCAGCAACAGUUUCAGAAAACACCCCUGUUCGAGAAGCUUAAAGACAUGUUACUCCUGCGGCCUUUUGCUCGCCUGCAAAAAGCAUACACACUCAACAUUGCCGGCCAAACAUCGCUGAAAACCUCUCCUGAUGGCCGUAUCGCAUCGGUUGACGUUGGUUCUAAAUUGGUGAUUGUCAUGGUAGGUCUCCCAGCGCGUGGAAAAUCGUACAUCACCAACAAGCUAACGCGUUACUUGAAUUGGCUCCAGCAUGAUUGCCGAGUCUUCAAUGUUGGAAACACGCGGAGAAUGGAUAAAACCAACGUAUUAGGGCCAGCUUCAAGACCUUUACCUGACACUGCCACACCACUGCCCCACUCAGGUCGCUCGCCUGCUCUAAAUGCGUUGUCUCCUGCCCAAAAAGCAUCGCCAGCAGAGCCGCUUUCACCUACAUCGCAUUCGGCUAAUUUUUUCAAUCCUGAGAACAAGGAGCUGACUGAAAUUCGUGAAAAGUGGGCCAUGGACACCUUAGAUGCAUUGCUCAAUUGGGUCAUUGAUGGGCCUGGAUCAGUGGGUAUUUUGGAUGCAACGAACUCCACUAAAAAACGGCGUCUUAAAGUGCUCAAGCGGAUUCAGGAGCGGUCCAAUGGUGAGUUGAAGGUAUUGUUUUUGGAGAGCAUUUGCUCAGAUCCAGCCAUUCUUGAUACCAACAUCCGUCUUAAGCUUUCGGGUCCUGACUAUAAGGACAUGGAUCCUGAGUUGGCUUUGAAGGACUUCAUUGGCCGUUUGCAUAACUAUGAACGUGCAUACGAAACUAUCGAUGAGUCCGAGGAACAUAUACCUGGAUUCCAGUAUGUGAAAAUGAUUGAUGUGGGGAAAAAGGUGGUGAGUUACAACAUUCAAGGUUUCCUAGCAUCACAAACAAUCUAUUUUCUUUUGAAUUUCAAUCUAUGCGAGCGCCAGAUAUGGCUUACUCGUCAUGGUGAGAGUGUGGAUAAUCUUAGCGGACGUAUUGGCGGUGAUAGUCCAUUGACCAAGCGUGGUCAGCACUUUGCCAAGACUUUGACACGGUUCUUGAACUACCAACGUCGCGAGUUCAGGCGGAAACAAUUGGAAAGCUUUUCUUCCCGUCUCGAAUUGCGCUACAAUGAACUUCUGGACAAAGCCACUGGCAAGACGACUGUUCUGGAGCGGCCAGCUAUGCAAAUCCCAACAGAAACAAGUUUCUGUGUUUGGACAUCUAUGUUGUUACGUGCUGUGGAGACAGGCAAUUACUUCAAUGAGCAAGAGUAUAAUAUCAAGGCUAUGCGCAUGCUUAACGAAUUGGGAGGCGGUAAGUUUGAAGGUAUGACUUAUGAUGAAAUUCGUCGCAAGCACCCUAAGGAGUUUGAGAGCCGUCUCAGAAAUAAGCUUACUUACCGAUACCCUGGUGUCGGAGGUGAAUCUUAUCUUGAUGUUAUGGUGCGUUUACGCCCAUUGAUCAAUGAGAUCGAGCGGACAACCGACCAUUUGCUCAUUGUAUCACAUCGUGUGGUGUUGCGUGUGUUAUUAGCAUACUUUUUGAACUUGGGCAAAUCUGCAAUCGUUGACUUGGAUGUGCCUUUGCACACAUUAUACUGCUUGGAACUGAAACCGUAUGGCACAGAGUACGCUAUGUACGAGUACGACGAAUCUGCAGACUGGUUCAAAAAGGUAGAGCCAGAGCAUCAGAAGAACGUGCGUGAGGUGGGAGUGAAUUUCCGUGAGCGCAAGUACUCUGUCGUUCCUACUGCACCACCAACUUCGCAUCGGUCGAAGGAAGAGACGAACCGUUCCAAAGACGAAAAGGCACUCUCCAAUUUCAGUUUGAGACAAAGCCUUGCGGCAGCCGAUCCUGAUCAAGAGAAGAGAGCGAAUUUGCUGAGCUCGCGCAAACUUGCGGACUUGAGCAAGAUGCGCAAGCCGUAA